AUGGAGCAAGGGUCCGCUGCUCAUCGCAGGGGGGACCUUUGGUUGGCGAUUAUCCUGAAGAAGAAGUCUAGCAAGGAUGAGGUCGAAUGGUUCGAGACCAAGAGCCUGCUGCGCGAGCCGUUCUACAUGAUCUCUCCUGAAGGAGUUUCCGAUCAACGGAUGUUGAUGAAGGGGAUGUUUGCAGUGGUGGUAGACCGCAUGAAGAACAACUUGCUCAAAGUCAAGGGCCUGUUUCUUGCCCUGGCCGACAUCUCGAUCACCGUCAACAAACAGGAGCUGCAGAAUCUAGAUUUCUGGGAUUCGCCGUCUCGACUGAAAUUCCAUGCUGGUCGAGGGCGAGGUUUCUGCCACGAUCAUGAGAGGAUCUUCUGUGUCGCCGCGUCCUGCAGCACGCCGAGACAUGUCCUGGAGGUAGCGCGGGGGUUGGCAAAGCUCCGUGGGUUGUUGGAGAAGAAGUCCGAUGCUUGGAGCCUGGAGUGCGAUGUUCGAUGCAGCAAGCUGCUGGAUGAUGCGAUAGCGGGAGAAUUCUCAUCGAAAUCGCUCGAUGAGCUGAUGACUCAGUUUGUUGAGUCCUCAAUCUCAAUCUCUCAUGAAUCACUCACAAAGAAAGAACUUUUGUUGCUUCCUGGCUCUUCCGUGGAUGCAAAGAUCCAUGGGUCCUGCGUAUCGUUUCCUUCGUUGGAUGUCUCCAUCAAACUUCACUGCCGGCUGGACUACAUCUUGUCGGCCUUCGAGUCAAGGCGGUUGCGGGCUUCCUCGCUCUCCGCCAAACCUCCCGCGAGAUAUUCGCUUCCCCUGGGCAUGUGCCUCUUGUUCCCGGGGUGCCAGGGGCUGUCUCCGGGGGGGACAAUCGUUUCACAUCUCCCCACUUCCACCAUGGACGACGUGACCAUCAUCGUGCGGGUGACUAAGGAGGAGGAGGAGGAGGAGGAGGAGGAGGAGGAGAUGCAGAAGCUUUCAGCCAGAGAGAGUCCUCAUAGAAGACCCCUGCGCGACAUCGACUGGCCUCCGGCUGAGCACGCCGUCGUCAGACUCCCCGGGAUGGACAGGAUCCAACGGGCUUGCAAGGUUCUGGUGGUGAUUGCUGUGGAAGGAUUCGUGCUCUGCAGCAUGCUCGAUUCCCCGAGGGAGAGCGUCGAGGAGGAAGGCGUUGCUGAGCUCUGCGUGCUGACGGAGCUCAUGCUUCGGCUCAAGGACGAGAAUCUCUUUGCCUGCAUCCUAUCGCAGUUGGAGGUGAUGAGCAAGCACAUGAAGGAAGAAGACUUCGAAGAUUUCGACGCUGCUCCUGCUACCUUCUUGCACCCACCUCUUGCCGAUCGGCAGCUCGGCAACGCAGCAGAGGAUUCUGAAUCCGAUGCCGCCAAUGUCGCCUUUCUCUCCUCGAGCUCUCGCACUUUCGUCUUUGACAGUCCUCUCGACCUCAACGAUCCUGGCAUGGAUCGAGGAGGUUCGCACCUCUCUGAAGCCCCGCAGUCUCCCUCCCCUCAGUCUCCUCCCUCGAGGAUCGUCCGCAUGUCCGAGGUCAAGAUCCCGCGGUGA